AUGUAUGAGACCAGACCAAAUGAGACCAAAUGUGAAAUUCAUGAUCCCGGCGGCCAGUCUAGAUGUGCUGUUGACUCGUUGUUCACUGAUUAUGUAUUAAAUGCUGUUGCCGAGGCGACGGACCGUGAAGGUUGCACUUCAGAAGAGUCUGUUGAUUAUGUGCUUGAUAUUAUCGCCGAGGUAUCUUUUUGUAUUUUUCUGCCGGGGAUGGGCCAGAUUGGGAAGGGCGGUACGAGGGUGAGACUUGGCAUUGGUGUUUUGGAACAUCAAAGAUGGACAGGGUUUUCGCGGAGGUCGCUCCUCGGAUAUCUCCACAACUACAGGUCAGGGAUCUUCCAAAAUCGAGAAGAUUGGUGCAUAUGGCUAGGUCACUUCACCUUACAAUUUGUAUGGCACUCUGGCCCGGGGUUGUGGUGUGGUAGGGGAGAACGGGGGAUAAUCCCACACAGGAGCUUCGAACAAUGUCCGGUUCACAUUUGGCUGGAUAACUCCACCACCACACAGGGUAUGCGGUCGGCGAUGGGGUCAGAAUGCUCGUAUGAUCGAGGGCUUUUCGAUGGAUCUAUCGGCGGGUUCUUAUUCGAAAAAUCGAGCGAGUUCGUGGUGGAGCGGUUGACUGAAAUCAGCUACUGA